AUGAAGAGUCUUUCAUUUCUUGCAUGUCUGUCUCUCUUUGCUUUAAUAUUUCAAUUCGCCAUUGCUGCUGAUCCAAGCCAACUUCAAGACUUCUGCGUCGCCGUAAACAGUCCAGCAAAUGGUGUGUAUGUGAACGGAAAGUUCUGCAAAGACCCAGCGCUUGUCACAGCGAAUGACUUCUAUACCACAGGGCUUAAUCAGCGGAAACCCACAAAUAAUACGGCUGGAGCAACUGCGACAUUUCUAACUGUUAAUAACUUUCCAGGGUUAAACACUCUCGGACUAUCCUUUGCCCGUGCAGACUUUGCAGUAAACGGGCUGGUCCCAUUUGACUACCAUUCACGUGCCAGCGAGAUCUUGCUUGUCACUGAAGGAACACUUGUGGCAGGUUUUGUCGCGUCCGACCAACGCUACUUCAUCAAAACACUAAACGUGGGAGACGUUUUUUUGUUUCCACAGGGACUCAUCCAUUUCGCAGCCAAUGUAGGACAAGGCCCAGCAGUUGCAUUUGCUGCUUUUAACAGUCAAGACCCUGGUACUACCUUUAUUCCUAACACCGUGUUUGGGUCUAACCCGCCGAUAAAUCCGGCUCUCCUUGCAAAGGCGUUUCAGUUGAACAUCACGACGAUCAUGGAACUACAGGCCAAAUUCUGA